CAGACGCCACAAACGUGUCGUCACUGAAAAAUACUGUCGGCUGCAACUGUGUUAAAACCGGUUAAAAAAGUGUGUAUUUUGCAUUUAUGAAAUAUUUUUUGUGUGAUAUGAAAGUAGAGGGAUUUAUGUUUCUAGAACUGUACCGCAAUUGAGAAUCGAUUCACGUUUAGAUUGAGUAUUUGGCUGUUUUGGCUUCCAAACAGAACAUGUAAGGUCCUUGGACUAAGGAGUAGCCUAACAUUAGGCUCCUUUAGUCCAAUAUUGGGCUACUGUGCAGCAGUAUGAACGUGUACAUUUAUUUUUUUUUUACACGUAUUAAAGCUGAAUCAUGGUGACUUAUCAGUAUUUGCUAGUGUAGUUAUGUUUGAUCAUGCAUGUUACCUUUCCCAGUUGAGUUAAGGGAGAAUCAGAGAUGUGUGCUGCUGUCUACCUGCUGUCUACGGUGACGGGGUACAUGCUCACCUCUGCCUUGUUAUUGAAAUGCCCAACACUUCUGCAUCGGAGGAAGAGAGAGCCAUUCCUAAGCAGACACAUAUCCCAUCGUGGAGGUGAGUGUUGCUGGAAUCUUGCUUCAUCCAUACAUGACACACCCAUGAAACUGAAAGUACAAAAGGCAGUGCUGUUCCUCAAGACAUUUACAUUUUAGUCAUUUAGCAGACGCUCUUAUCCAGAGCGACUUACAGUUAGUGAGUGCAUACAUGUUCAUACUGACAUCUUGCUGACUUGCCUCUUACCAACUCCUCUGUCCUGUCUGUAUUUGCAGGGGCAGGUGAAAACCUGGAGAACACCAUGGCAGCUUUCAAGCAGUGAGUCAAGACCAUAUCCUCCCAUUGAAUCGUGCUGCACCAUGUCAUGUUUUACAUAGGCCAACACAGGAGGAUUAGACUAAAUAUCCAGAUUAACAGCAAGCAAUGCCAUAAGAAGAUAUAUCAUGGAACCUAAUUGAUGAUAAACCUACACUCUCUCUAUGAAGGAAGUAGGCAGAUGGGACCAGAUGUCCUUAAGAGUAAAAUAUACUUCUGCUGAGUGGAUUAUUCAGCUUGCCAAAAUUACUCAUAUCAUCAAGUUUGUUUUAUUACUAGUAGAGGAUGAUUGUGUGUAAUUGUAGUCUAGACUCAAAAGUAUGAAUCAUGUCACAUCGUUGUGCUGGAGUGCUUUAUCAUGUACUAUGUGUGGAUGUUGUAACUGACAGAUCACAGACCAUAUUUUGCCAUAAUGACAUGACACCAACCUUGACAUGACAUCAAUCUUGCAUUGUUUGCUCUAUAACCUGUUAUUUCAUAUGCCUUGCCACCAUGAUAUAUACCGUUCCUUCAGAAAAUAUUCAUACCCUUUGACUUAUUCCACAUUUUGUUGUGUUACAGCCUGAAUUCAAAAUGGAUUCAAAUAAUUGUUUUCUCCUCUCUUUCAUGUUGAUGAAAUGGUCUAUGACUCUGUCAUAUAGUACAUGCUUUUAGUUUUAGUUUUCCAAGGCUACAUGGCUAAAAUGCUUGCUUGCUAGCCUAACUUAUUUUCAUGGGCAACGUUGAGCCAGCUAGUUAACAUUAGCCUACUACAUCUAGCUACAUAUUGAACUUCCACCCUCUCAGGCCAGGGGCACAAUGUAUGAAUUUAUGGUUAGAUAAUUUACAUUUUACAUUUACGUCAUUUAGCAGACGCUCUUAUCCAGAGCGACUUACAAAUUGGUGCAUUCACCUUAUGAUAGCCAGUGGGACAACCACUUUACAAUAUUAUUUUUUUAUCAGAUCAGAAUGCCGUUUAUAAUCAUUGGCAAGCACGUUGAAUUAAGUAAAGUCCACAAGUCCAAAUUCCUAUCUCCAUCCAUGGCUAAUUUAAGAAAGGGCCAAUUUUAGCAAGCUAGCCACUGGAGGACAAUGACACAACGAGAUGCAACAAUUCAAGUUUUUUCUGUCAAUGACGUUUUCCUUUUGAUGUGAUGUGAUUGGUGUGAAGCCAAAUCCGAACUGGCUUCCCUUGACACUUAUUUUUGGUGCACCAGGACCUUUCACAAUUGAGCUCACUCAGUUUAGCUCAAUGCUGAUUGGCUAUUAUUUUACACUUUUUUAUCAAGGAAGGCCAAAUGCUCGCUGGCUUCCCUUGCAUUCAAAGCAACGGGCAGCAACAAUGUCAUACUCUUUGACCAGACAGCAUCAGAUAGAUGGGCUACACGUACAGAGACAGAGGGGCGCUGUUUCGCUCGCUUUGAUGCUUUCUCCAGUGAAAUACAUUCAGCCUCUUGCGCAUUGAAGGAAAAUUAUGAAACACAGAGAGACGAAAGAUGCAUUAUUUUAUGUAUUUAAAAAUAUAUAUACAGUGAGGGGAAAAAAGUAUUUGAUCCCCUGCUGAUUUUGUACGUUUGCCCACUGACAAAGACAUGAUCAGUCUAUCAUUUUAAUGGUAGGUUUAUUUGAACAGUGAGAGACAGAAUAACAAAAAAAUCCAGAAAAAACGCAUGUCAACAUUUUUAUAAAUUGAUUUGCAUUUUAAUGAGAGAAAUAAGUAUUUGACCCCUCUGCAAAACAUGACUUAGUACUUGGUGGCAAAACCCUUGUUGGCAAUCACAGAGGUCAGACAUUUCUUGUAGUUGGCCACCAGGUUUGCACACAUCUCAGGAGGGAUUUUGUUCCACUCCUCUUUGCAGAUAUUCUCCAAGUCAUUAAGGUUUCAAGGCUGACAUUUGGCAACUCGAACCUUCAGCUCCCUCCACAGAUUUUCUAUGGGAUUAAGGUCUGGAGACUGGCUAGGCCACUCCAGGACCUUAAUGUGCUUCUUCUUGAGCCAAAGAAAACAAAUGAUAGUCCAACUAAGCCCAAACCAGAUGAGAUGGCGUAUCGCUGCAGAAUGCUGUGGUAGCCAUGCUGGUUAAGUGUGCCUUGAAUUCUAAAUAAAUGUCACAGACAGUGUCACCAGCAAAACACCCCCACACCAUAACACCUCCUCCACCAUAACACAGUCCCCUCUGAACAGUUGAUGUUGAGAUGUGUCUGUGACUUGAACUCUGUGAAGCAUUUAUUUGGGCUGCAAUUUCUGAGGCUGGUAACUCUAAUGAAUGUAUCCUCUGCAGCAGAGGUAACUCUGGGUCAUCCAUUCCUGUGGCAGUCCUCAUGAGAGCCAGUUUCAUCAUAGCGCUUGAUGGUUUUUGCGACUGCACUUGAAGAAACUUUCAAAGUUCUUGAAAUGUUCCGUAUUGACUGACCUUCAUGUCUUAAAGUAAUGAUGGACUGUCAUUUCUCUUUUCUUAUUUGAGCUGUUCUUGCCAUAAUAUGGACUUGGUCUUUUACCCCCCCCCCCGACCUUGUCACAACACAACUGAUUGGCUCAAACGCAUUAAGAAGGAAAGAAAUUCCACAAAUUAACUUUUAAGAAUGCACACCUUUUAAUUCAAAUGCAUUCCAGGUGACUACCUCAUGAAGCUGGUUGAGAGAAAGCCAAGAGUCUGCAAAGCUGUCAUCAAAGCAAAGGGUGGCUAUUUGAAGAAUCUCAAAUAUAAAAUAUAUUUUGAUUUGUUUAACACUUUUUUUGGUUACUACAUGAUUCCAUAUGUUAUUUCAUAGUUUUGAUGUCUUCACUAUUAUUCUACAAUGUAAAAAUAAAGAAAAACCCUUGAAUGAGUGGGUGUGUCCAAACUUUUGACUGGUAGUGUAUAUUGGUCAAUUAUUGGGGGGAAGCCUGGCUUCUCUUGGCCUCCAUGAAUACACACCACUUAGUAGGAGCCAUUUUGAAGUGUAGUUAACGGAGUUGAAUUGGUUAACCUCACUCCUUAGCUUGAAAUGCCAACACCUGUGCCAUCGACUUGCUAGCGUUUCGGUGGUGUAGUUGGCUAAGACAUUGUCAAGAGGGCGGUCAUGUGUGUUUGCGAGACAGAUAAAUCCCAGUAGGGGAGGAAGAUAUACUGUUCAGCAAGCAGCAUGAAAUCCAUUAUGUGUGUGUGUACCCUGUCUAGAUUUGUUGAUGCGAUCCUCAACUUCCUGCUGGUGUGGUACUAGUGUGUGUGUGUGUGUGUGUUAUUGUCUCCUUUACAUGUGUCCAGUGCAGUGGACCUUGGCACUGACAUGCUGGAGCUGGACUGUCACAUGACCAAGGACGAGCAGGUGGUCGUGUUACAUGAUGCCAACCUGGAGAGGUCGACUGGCGUCUGUGCCCACCUCUCUGACGUGGCCUACGCCGUGAGUAUUGCAAGGUUGGCUUCUCAACAGUCAUAUAAAACUUAGCCUACGUACUUUACCUAGGCCUCAUUGCAGCAAGUGGUCGGUAAGGACUCCACAAGGUCCCUCCAUUUCUUCCUGUCUUUGGCUAUUUUAGACGCCUCUUUCCUGGUCUGGUCUUGAACUCAGCUUUCAUGUAGUUUUACUCCCCAGUCUUUUGUUGUACUUAUCUCCCUAUUAGAAUAGAUCCUGUCAAAAGCUUAAAUCUGACUUUUGACCAAAUAAUACAUCUAAAGGGAUUAGUGCGAUAUCAGAUUUUCUUUGGCAAAAAAGAGAACACGAAGCAAACUAAACUCUAUGGUCCUUUAAAACCUACUUUUGCAAGCUAUAGCUUGCAAAAUAAACAAAUGUGACUCUGGGUGACUACAUAAGGCUGUUUUUUUUCCAACAUUAGGAAUGUUUUCCUCAAGUAAUGAAGUCCGCUUCAUGUUUUGUUUCCUUUACUUCCUUACUUCCUAGUAUCGCGAUACUGGUAUCGUGACAACACUAAAAGGGAUAUGCAUGAUAAAAUGUGUGUACUAUGUUUGUUCUCUAUAGGAUCUGCCUCCUUACCUGUGCAAGCUUGGUGUGACUUUCCAGAGAGGUGAGUAUCACUGUUUGUAUGCGGUACAUGCUGCUUUGGCAGGUGUGGAUGUGUCCUUAUUUUUUCCCUGUCUGUGUCAACAGAAUGCGUCUGUGAGGGAGGGGAGGACAAACGCAUUCCUCUCCUCAGGGACGUGUUCGAGGCCUUCCCGAAGACCCCUGUCAACAUCGACAUCAAGGUCAACAAUGACACACUUAUCAAGAAGGUGUGUCUGUGUGUGUGUGCCCUGGGGUAAGACAUUUCAGGAAAGAAGUGGGUGCUUUGAGUGUGUGAUGGGAUAAGUGUUCUCAUCAAAUGGUUGUCAUUGUGGUGGGUUGUGAAUUUGUUCUGCAGGUCUCAGAGCUGGUUGUGAAGUAUGACAGAGAACACCUCACUGUUUGGGGCAACUCUAGCAACCAGAUUGUGCAGAAGUGUUACAAGGAGGUAACCAAAGGCUAAUUGCCUUGUAUAAUUAUAUAUUCUGUUUAUGCUUGAUAAUAUUUACCUUGAUCAACAUAAACUUGAAGUGCACAUGAUAUGUACCCAUUUUUAUGAUGACCGUUUGGGAAGAACCUUUUAGCACAUAGGAGGACUGAGUUCUUUGUCAUACCAGGAAAGCUGGAUUGCGGACUUGUAUUCAUCACCACCUUCUGCUUUUCUCUGACUGUGUUGUAGAACCCUCGUAUCCCAGUGCUGUUCAGCAUGCGCAGGGUUCUAAUGCUGGUGGGGCUCUUCUACACCGGCCUCCUGCCCUUUGUGCCCCUCAGAGAGCAGUUCCUGGAGAUCCCCAUGCCCUCCAUUGUCACUAAGUAUGCAACAUGCAGACACACACACACUUUUAACUUAGCUUAGGCCAUCAGCUUAAAUGUUACACCUAUCCUCCUUGAUUCUAGUGUUUGUAUGACACGGGUAAAAGAGUAAACCACGGAGCUAAUAAUGAGAUGACUCCCCAUUUCUUUGGAGCAAGGGGCAUUUAAGAGCGGCGAGAUGGAAGUCAGAGAUAGUAUUAUAGAAAGUGAUGGGCAGGAGGAAGACAAGACGCCAUUUGUCUACUGACAAACUAGUUGCUGCAUUAAUAGACAUUGACACUGAUCUGGUAGCCUUUGAAAAUAUUGAUGUCAUAAAUGAAAUAUCCAUGUCAUUGACCAUGUUUACAUGCACUAAUAAUUCGAUAUUAAGAUGAUUAUGGCAAUACUCAGUUUGGCAUUAGUCAUGUAAACACCUUACAAUGAUGAUCUUAAUCUGUGUAAGAUCAUAUAAUCGAAGUAAGCAUAAACUAGGGAUGUUGAUGGUUAACUGUUAAUCGGUUAGCCGCAGAAAAUACAUUUGACUGUUCAUGCUUAUCGGUCUAAAGGUUAAUUUGCAUGAUUUAGUGCAAUUAAAUUGGUACAUGUGUAUUUUCGUUAGUCGUCAUGUAUCUUAUUUAUCACAUGCGCACAGCAUACAGAGCCUACUUAGAGCGGAAUAUCACCUGUCGGACAGCGAAAGCUGCAGCUCUUCCCACCGAUUUGUUGCUGUAGUGAAACGUGUUCUUAUAAGCCCAAUCAUUGUGCAACAAUUCUAAAUGCAAUAGUGUGUUAAAAACAGAGUUUUGAUGGCCACGAUUAAAAAGAGGCGCUUUCUACUGCCACAAUUUUUUAUUUCUCAACUCCUAAUUGAAGCGCGUACUCCAUUCGCCAUAUAGGCAGUACGGUAGGCAGGCUAUCAGCGUGUCACCACCUUGCAAUCUGAGCUGGAGGCAGUAUGCAAAAUCGGAUUUUGGCUAGGCUACUUUGAAGCAAGGUAAGACAUGCCUCAUAAUAUGAAGUAAAACGUCCAGGUUUCAAACAAUUUAAGUAUAUGUUUUGAAAAUGCAUACUGCCUCCAGCUCAGAUUGCCAGGUGGUGACAUAUAUAUACAUACUACCGUUCAAAAGUUUGGGGUCACUUAGAAAUGUCCUUGUUUUCGAACGAAAAGCAAUAAAAACAAAAGAUUAAGAUGGGCAGUCUGAGAUAUGUUUUUUCUUUGCAACUCUGCAUAGAAGGUCAGCAUCCCAGAGUCGCCUCUUCACUGUUGACGUUGAGACUAGUGUUUUGCGGGUGCCUUUUAAUGAAGUUGCCAGUUGAGGACCUGUGGAGGCGCCUGUUUCUCAAACUAGACACUCCAAUGUAUUUGUCCUCUUGCUCAGUUGUGCACCAGGGCCUCCCACUCCUCUUUCUAUUCUGGUUAGAGCCAGUUUGCGCUGUUCUGUGAAGUCAGUAGUACACAGCGUUGUACGAGAUCUUCAGUUUCUUGGCAAUUUCUCGCAUAGAAUAGCCUUCAUUUCUCAGAACAAAAAUAGACUGACGAGUUUCAGAAGAAAGUUCUUUGUUUCUGGCCAUUUUGAUUCUGUAAUCGAACCCACAAUUGCUGAUGCUCCAGAUACUCAACUAGUCUCAAGAAGGCCAGUUGUAUUGCUUCUUUAAAUCAGCACAACAGUUUUCAGCUGUGCUAACAUAAUUGCAAAAGGGUUUUCUAAUGAUCAAUUAGCCUUUUAAAAUGAAAAAUGUGGAUUAUCAAACACAACGUGCCAUUGGAACACAGGACUGAUGGUUGCUGAUAAUGGGCCUCUGUACACCUAUGUAGAUAUUGCCUCCAUGAACAGCAGGAAGCAGAUUGUACAGUCAACUUUCCUGCCAAUUCUUGACUAUGGUGACACCAUUUACCAGAAUGCAGCAGCCACUACCUUUAAACCUUUGGAUGCCCUCUACCAUAGCGCCCUUUGCUUUAUUACAGGUGACAGUUUUAAUACUCAUCACUGCAUCCUGUAUCAGAAGGUCGGCUGGACCUCACUAAAGUCCUCUAGAUCACUUCAUUACUCCCUUUUUGUUUGCAAAGCUCUGCUCCACAAGCUUCCAACCUACCUCACUUCCCUGUUGAAAUAUACUGAACAGAAAUAUAAACGCAACAUGCAACAAUUUCAAAGAUUUUACUGAGUUACAGUUCAUAUAAGGAAAUCAGUCAAUUCAAAUACAUUCAUUAGGCUCUAAUCUAUGGUUUUCACGUCUGGGAUUACAGAUACAGUGGGGGAAAAAAGUAUUUAGUCAGCCACCUAUUGUGCAAGUUCUCCCACUUAAAAAGAUGAGAGAGGCCUGUAAUUUUCAUCAUUGGUACACGUCAACUAUGACAGACAAAAUGAGAAAAAAAAAUCCAAAAAAUCACAUUGUAGGAUUUGUAAUGAAUUUAUUUGCAAAUUAUGGUGGAAAAUAAGUAUUUGGUCAAUAACAAAAGUUUCUCAAUACUUUGUUAUAUACCCUUUGUUGGCAAUGACACAGGUCAAACGUUUUCUGUAUGUCUUCACAAGGUUUUCACACACUGUUGCUGGUAUUUUGGCCCAUUCCUCCAUGCAGAUCUCCUCUAGAGCAGUGAUGUUUUGGGGCUGUCGCUGGGCAACACGGACUUUCAACUCCCUCCAAAGAUUUUCUAUGGGGUUGAGAUCUGGAGACUGGCUAGGCCACUCCAGGACCUUGAAAUGCUUCUUACGAAGCCACUCCUUCGUUGCCCGGGCGGUGUGUUUGGGAUCAUUGUCAUGCUGAAAGACCCAGCCACGUUUCAUCUUCAAUGCCCUUGCUGAUGGAAGGAGGUUUUCACUCAAAAUCUCACGAUACAUGGCCCCAUUCAUUCUUUCCUUUACACGGAUCAGUCGUCCUGGUCCCUUUGCAGAAAAACAGCCCCAAAGCAUGAUGUUUCCAUCCCCAUGCUUCACAGUAGGUAUGGUGUUCUUUGGAUGCAACUCAGCAUUCUUUGUCCUCCAAACACGACGAGUUGAGUUUUUACCAAAAAGUUAUAUUUUGGUUUCAUCUGACCAUAUGGCAUUCUCCCAAUCCUCUUCUGGAUCAUCCAAAUGCACUCUAGCAAACUUCAGACGGGCCUGGACAUGUACUGGCUUAAGCAGGGGGACACGUCUGGCACUGCAGGAUUUGAGUCCCUGGCGGCGUAGUGUGUUACUGAUGGUAGGCUUUGUUACUUUGGUCCCAGCUCUCUGCAGGUCAUUCACUAGGUCCCCCCGUGUGGUUCUGGGAUUUUGGCUCACCGUUCUUGUGAUCAUUUUGACCCCACAGGGUGAGAUCUUGCGUGGAGCCCCAGAUCGAGGGAGAUUAUCAGUGGUCUUGUAUGUCUUCCAUUUCCUAAUAAUUGCUCCCACAGUUGAUUUCUUCAAACCAAGCUGCUUAACUAUUGCAGAUUCAGUCUUCCCAGCUUGGUGCAGGUCUACAAUUUUGUUUCUGGUGUCCUUUGACAGCUCUUUGGUCUUGGCCAUAGUGGAGUUUGGAGUGUGACUGUUUGAGGUUGUGGACAGGUGUCUUUUAUACUGAUAACAAGUUCAAACAGGUGCCAUUAAUACAGGUAAUGAGUGGAGGACAGAGGAGCCUCUUAAAGAAGAAGUUACAGGUCUGUGAGAGCCAGAAAUCUUGCUUGUUUGUAGGUGACCAAAUACUUAUUUUCCACCAUAAUUCACAAAUAAAUUCAUAAAAAACCUACAAUGUGAUUUUCUGGAUUUUUUUCUCUCUCAAUUUGUCUGUCAUAGUUGACGUGUACCUAUGAUGAAAAUUACAGGUGACUCAUCUUUUUAAGUGGGAGAACUUGCACAAUUGGUGGCUGACUAAAUACUUUUUUUCACCACUGUAUGCAUCUGUUGGUCACAGAUACCUUUAAAAAAAAGUAUUGGCGUGGAUUAGAAAACCAUACUCAAUAGGUGACAUGUCUGGUGUGUAUGCAGGCCAUGGAAGAACUGGGACAUUUUCAGCUUCCAGGAUAGAUCCUUGCGACAUGGGUCUGUGCAUUAUCAUGCUGAAACGAGGUGAUGGCAGCGGGUUAAUGGCACAACAUGGGCCUCAGGAUCUCGUCACGGUAUCUCUGUGCAUUCAGAUUGCCAUCGAUAAAAUGCAGUUGUGUUCGUUGUCCGUAGCUUAUGCCUGCGCAUACCAUAACCCCACCGCCACCAUGGGGCACUCUGGCCACAACGUUGAUAUCAGCAAACCGCUCGCCCACACAACACCAUACACGUGGUCUGCGGUUGUGAGGCGGUUGUACAUACUGCCAAAUUAUCGAAAACGAUGUUGGAGGCGGCUUAUGGUAGAGAAAUGAACAUUCAAUUAUCUGGCAACAGCUCUGGUGGACAUUCCUGCAGUCAGCAUGCCAAUUGUACGCUCCCCCUCAACUUGAGACAUCUGUGGCAUUGUGUUGUGUGACAAAACUGCACAUUUUAGAGUGACCUUUUAUUGUCCCCAGCACAAGGUGCACCUGUGUAAUGAUCUUGCUGUUUAAUCAGUUUCUUGAUAUGCCACACCUGUCAGGUGGAUGGAUUAUCUUGUCAAAGGAGAAAUGCUCACUAACAGGGAUGUAAACACAUUUUUCACUAAGUUUGAGAGAAAUAAGCCUUUUGUGCAUAUAGAAAAUAUUUGGGAUCUUUUGUUUCAAAUCAAAUCAAAUUUUCAAAUCGAAUACAACAGGUGCAGGCAUUACAGUGAAAUGCUUACUUACAGCCCUUAACCAACAGUGCAUUUAUUUUUAACAAAAAAAGUAAAAAUAACAACAAAAAAAGUGUUGAGAAAAAAAAGAGCAGAAGUAAAAUAAAGUAACAGUAGGGAGGCUAUACCGUUGCAGGGGGGUACCGUUGCAGAGUCAAUGUGCGGGGGCACCGGCUAGUUGAGGUAAUAUGUACAUGUGGGUAGAGUUAAAGUGACUAUGCAUAAAUAAUUAACAGAGUAGCAGCAGCGUAAAAAGGAUGGGGUGUGGGGGCAGUGCAAAUAGUCCGGGUAGCCAUGAUUAGCUAGCUGUUCAGGAGUCUUAUGGCUUGGGGGUAGAAGCUGUUGAGAAGUCUUUUGGACCUAGACUUGGCACUCCGGUACCGCUUGCCGUGCGGUAGCAGAGAGAACAGUCUAUGACUAGGGUGGCUGGAGUCUUUGACAAUUUUGAGGGCCUUCCUCUGACACAGCCUGGUAUAGAGGUCCUGGAUGGCAGGAAGCUUGGCCCCAGUGAUGUACUGGGCCGUACGCACUACCCUCUGUAGUGCCUUGCGGUCGGAGGCCAAGCAGUUGCCAUACCAGGCGGUGAUGCAACCAGUCAGGAUGCUCUCGAUGGUGCAGCUGUAGAAUUUUUUGAGGAUCUGAGGACCCAUGCCAAAUCUUUUCAGUCUCCUGAGGGGGAAUAGGCUUUGUCGUGCCCUCUUCACGACUGUCUUGGUGUGUUUGGACCAUGAUAGUUCAUUGGUGAUGUGGACACCAAGGAACUUGAAGCUCUCAACCUGUUCCACUACAGCCCCGUCGAUGAGAAUGGGGGCGUGCUCAGUCCUCUUUUUUUUCCUGUAGUCCACAAUCAUCUCCUUUGUCUUGGUCACGUUGAGGGAGAGGUUGUUGUCCUGGCACCACACGGCCAGGUCUCUGACCUCCUCCCUAUAGGCUGUCUCAUCGUUGUCGGUGAUCAGGCCUACCACUGUUGUGUCGUCGGCAAACUUAAUGAUGGUGUUGGAGUCGUGCCUGGCCAUGCAGUCAUGGGUGAACAGAGAGUACAGGAGGGGACUGAGCACGCACCCCUGAGGGGCCCCCGUGUUGAGGAUCAGUGUGGCAGAUGUGUUGUUACCUACCCUUACCACCUGGGGGCGGCCCGUCAGGAAGUCCAGGAUCCAGUUGCAGAGGGAGGUGUUUAGUCCCAGGAUCCUUAGCUUAGUGAUGAGUUUAGAGGGCACAAUGGUGUUGAAUGCUGAGCUGUAGUCUCCCGAGUGGCGCAGUGUUCUAAGGCACUGCAUCGCAGUGCUAGCUGUGCCACUAGAGAUCCUGGUUCGAAUCCAGGCUCUGUCGUAGCCGGCCGUGACCGGGAGACCAAUGGGGCGGCGCACAAUUGGCCCAGCGUCGUCUAGGGUAGGGAAGGGAAUGGCCGGCAGGGAUGUAGCUCAGUUGUUAGAGCAUGGCGUUUGCAACGGCAGGGUUGUGGGUUCGAUUCCCACGGGGUAUGAAAAAUUAAAAAAUUUAUGUAAGUCGCUCUGGAUAAGAGCGUCUGCUAAAUGACGUAAAUGUAAAUGUAAAUGUAGUCAAUGAAUAGCAUUCUCACGUAGGUGUUCCUCUUGUCCAGGUGGGUUAUCUUAGAGUCCUUGGACACGGGGACUAUGGUGGUCUGCUUGAAACAUGUUGGUAUUACAGACUCAGUCAGGGACAUGUUGAAAAUGUCAGUGAAGACACUUGCCAGUUGGUCAGCACAUGCUCGGAGUACACGUCCUGGUAAUCCGUCUGGCCCUGCGGCCUUGUGAAUGUUGACCUGCUUAAAAGUCUUACUCACAUCGGCUACGGAGAGCGUGAUCACAUAGUCAUCUGGAACAGCUGGUGCUCUCAUGCAUGCUUCAGUGUUGCUUGCCUCGAAGCGAGCAUAGAAGUGGUUUAGCUCGUCUGGUAGGCUUGUGUCACUGGGCAGCUCACAGAUGUGCUUCCCUUUGAAGUCUGUAAUAGUUUUCAAGCCCUGCCACAUCCGACGAGCGUCAGAGCCAGUGUAGUACGAUUCAAUAUUAGUCCUGUAUUGACUCUUUGCCUGUUUGAUGGUUCGUCUGAGGUCAUAGUGGGAUUUCUUAUAAGCGUCCGGGUUAGAGUCCCGUUCCUUGAAAGCGGCAGCUCUACCCUUUAGCUCAGUGCGGAUGUUUCCUGUAAUCCAUGGCUUCUGGUUGGGGUAUGUACGUACGGUCACUGUGGGGACGACAUCAUCGAUGCACUUAUUGAUGAAGCCAGUGACUGAUGUGGUGUACUCAUCAAUGCUGUCUGAAGAAUCCCGGAACAUGUUCCAGUCUGUGCUAGCAAAACAGUCCUGUAGCUUAGCAUCUGCGUCAUCUGACCACUUUUUUAUUAACCGAGUCACUGGUGCUUCCUGCUUUAGUUUUUGCUUAUAAGCAGGAAUCAGGAGGAUAGAGUUAUGGUCAGAUUUGCCAAAUGGAGGGCGAGGGAGAGCUUUGUAUGCGUCUCUGUGUGUGGAGUAAAGGUGGUCUAGAGUUUUUUUUCCUCUGGUUGCACAUUUAACAUGCUGGUAGAAAUGAGGUAGAACGGAUUUAAGUUUCCCUGCAUUAAAGUCCCCGGCCACUAGGAGCGCUGCAUCUGGAUGAGCGUUUUCCUGUUGAUUUAUGGCCUUGUACAACUCAUUCAGUGCAAUCUUAAUGCCAGCAUUGGUUUGUGGUGGUAAAUAGACAGCUAUGAAAAAUAUAGAUGAAAACUCUCUUGGUAAAUAGUGUGGUCUACAGCUUAUCAUAAGAUACUCUACCUCAGGCGAGCAAAACCUCGAGACUUCCUUCAGCUCAGGAAACAUGGGACCAACACUUUACAUGUUGCGUUUAUAUUUUUGUUCAGUGUAUAAAAAUAUGAGACGUCAAAACCAGUUCGCAGGGUUGGUUAACUCUUGAGGUCCCGCUUGUCUCCACAAAGUUUGAUAAAUCCGCCUUUAGUUUUAAUGCACCACAGUUAUGGAAUACCUUACAAAACGAAUUACACCUGGAUUCCCUGGUCUCAAUUGGGUUCCCCUAAAUAAAUUAAAGUUAAUAAAAUAUGCCAUUGAAACUAGCUUUACUCUCCUCUUCUAUGGGUUUUCAUAUCAACAUUUGUUGUCCAGAAGCCAAAGUCACAAUCCUAGUCAUAUUAGCAACCCAUCAUAGUUGUUGCAUCUUUAGAUUCCCCCUCUUUCAAAUGUUCUAACAGAUUUUCAUCUCUGUCAUAUAUGGAACCGCUCGCAUCAGGUGCGCUUUUUUCGAAUGUUUCCCCACGAAUUGCAUUUUGGCAAAUGAUUGAAAAUGUGGUUUUACAUUGGCUGCUUUAAUUACAGGAGUUGCAUGUUUGAUAAUAUAGCCUUUUGGCUGUGAGACGAUAUGCUUGCUAUUGUUGUAUGUUUCAAUUAAGCUCUUAAUUAAAUAUUUCUGUUCCGUGUAUGCAUGCGUAGUAUUUUCUGUUGGUCAUGUUAUUUCACUGUUUGGAACAAAUUUAACCAUUUGUUAACCGGUUAAUGAGGGUCGGUUAGUCAGCAGCAAAAUAGACAUUUGCAUACCUACCAUAAACCGAUUUAAAACACCUGUUUUUUUCCCCCCUCUCUUUCGAAUUAUUAGGACAUGUAAACACCUUAAUCGGAGUUCCUGCGGUGUAUUUGUUCUGCACAUGUGCUAUCACGAGCAGCAGGGCCUCCCUCUUUGGCUCGAGUGAAGUGAGUUCUAAAAAUCUGAAAGUAUGCAUUUUAGAAAUAGUUUACACAUACCAACUUUAUAUGUCCGAACUCGGAAUCAAAUAGGCUUUCCAAAAAAUGAUAUGGUCGCUGUUUUAAGAACGUUUCUUUUGAUUGCUGACUUUCUGCAUUUUUUCCAUCAAGUUCCAUCAGGCAACUUGAUUUGUCAGAUGUCUGUGUAAACAGGAUUAUUAGGGAAAUUGUUCUUCUUGCAAAGCAUGCAAACAUUUUAACCAAACUAUUAUAUUAAGCUGAGUAUUUUAUAAUAAUCAUAAAUGUAUUCAAUGAUUCUACCCAGUAACAUUUAGUCAAGUAUCGUAUUGUAAGAUAAGUGGAGUCCUACCUCCCCUCACAAUACCCUCAUGUUCUCUCUAUCCACUGGCUCUCCACCCUCUCUUAUCUGGAAUAAUAUGUUGCCGUUUGAAAGUUGAUCUCUGGGCACAAUUAAAUGAUUCAAAUAACAUGCCUGUUUGUUCUCUGGAUUGUAAAUGCUUUCCAAUUUGGAAGUAAGCCAAACAGCAGGGAUCAUAGGGAUGAAUAAUAAAUGCCUUUCCAUUUAAAGCAGCUGAAUUUGGACGUAAACAGAGGUUGAGUUGAGGCCACUAUGUGGUUUGUUAUAAGCUAGCCGUGUUUCUUUUUCAUUUUUGUUCACCGGAGGGGCCCUUUAAAGGGAUUCUGUGAGAUUCUGUCAAUUUUUCUUCUUACUCAGAGUCAGUUGAAAUCAUGGAUACUGCUAGUGUACCUGUAGACUUCCAGUCGUUGUGCUAAAGCUAGUUAGCGUUGGCUCGCAAAACUACCUUGAACUUCCUUCAUACUGUAUGCAGAGACAUAAAAAUGGUUCAUUUGACUCUUGGUAAGUAGAAAAACGGCUUAUGCGCCAGAAUCUCGCACUGUCCCUUUAAAGAGGAUUGACCUGUAGAAAUACCUGAAUUCUAAAGUUGGGUAAAAAAGUGUACUUUCGAUUCCUUCAUUUUCGCUUAUGUAUUGCCUGUGUUGUGUUUUUGUGAUUCCACAGACAUCUUAUGAGGGAUCCUGAUAAGAUGACCAGGAGUCAGCAUGUCAUCACCUGGCUGGCAGAUACGUAAGUGUAAUAAUCUGAGAUGACUGUACCCUCCACUUGGAACAACUGCUCCAUUGCACACUUCAGAAGGAGCAUGCAUAGCAUUACGUUUGGACGUCUGGUGAGUGGUUGACUGUAGCUGUGGUCCAGAACAGGUGAUAUGUAAUAUUAUAAAUGAUGAGGUUCAUUAAUCAGGGUCUAAAGACUGUUUCUCCUGCAGCCUGCUGAUGAGAAGAGCUCUGUUCAAUCACCUAACAGCAAGGGGAAUACAAGUAAGGCCAUUCUGACAAAACUGCUAUCAAUCGCUUUUAUCACAGUCACUUUGCUCUGCUCGUGCUCAUACUUGUUUAAUUCCAGGUUUAUGUGUGGGUGCUGAACGACGAGAAGGACUUUAAGAGAGCCUUUGACCUGGGAGCCACAGGUGUCAUGACUGACUACCCCACCAAGUUGAGGGACUUCAUGGAGAAGAAUGGCACUGCUAAAUGCCUAAAUAAACUAAAGACUGAAUGACGUGCCAAAGUCGCCACGUUCCCACCACUAAAGCCAACUGACCUGCCAAAGUAUCUCCAGACUCCCAUCGGACUCCAGACCUUGGCUAUUCUGGGAGGCGUUGGCGUGUUGAUGUACGCACAGAGGAUGAUCACCCAAGAUUCCCCUUGUUGUGUCCAUGUAGAUACAGAACUGUUUGAACACCAGCACAGGCAGCUAAGAUUAUUUGGCCUUUGUCCUGCACUUCAACUGGGCAAUAAAACUUGUUAAUGUAUCUACUUUUACAGUAGUUAAAAAAAAAAAGUUUGAUUAAUGUAACAUGGCCAGUUAAUAUGUUAAUCGUAGGAGAGGGAUAUUUGAUCAAGAAGUGGUUCAAUAUUCAGUAUGUUAUUGUGUUUUGCUGUUUGACAGAUAAUGCACGCAUCUGUCAAAUUCAAGACUUCAUUCAGUGCCAGUCUGUUUGUGCUGUCAUGCCAACACCAUUGCCCAUUGUCAAGCCAAACAUGGCAUGACAAUGAGUGAAAAGGAGUUGGCAUGAUAGCAUAA